AUUGUUGCUGUGGCUUCGGACGGUCUUGUGCCCCUCAUCAACAGAUUCUUCUUCAACCACGCCCCCUGGAACCUGCCCGGUUGGCUUGCCUACUUUGGUAUUUCGAUUUCAAUUUUCUAGACUACCCAUUUUCUUCUCUGUUUGUCCUUUACCUAGCGACCUAUCAUUUUCUAACUCCGAAGUUACCCCACCAUGGCCCCUCCAAAGAUCUUUUCUCUUGAGGGCAAAGGCCUGAAAUUGGACUCUGCUGAAGACAUUGACGCCUAUAUUAAGCCUUUAACUGAGAGCACUGACUACACUGAAAUCCGCCUUGGGGGAAAUACUUUGGGUGUUCCAGCGUCCGAACGCCUCGCCGCCGUCCUUUCCACCCAGAAGAGUCUCGAAGUGGCCGAGCUCGCUGAUAUCUUCACCUCCCGUUUGCUCAGCGAAAUCCCUGCCGCUCUCACCUUCCUCCUCAAUGCGCUUCUCGAGGCCUCGACUCUUCACACCAUUAAUCUUUCCGACAAUGCUUUCGGCGCCAACACCCAAAAGCCCCUCGUCGAUUUCCUUUCUCGCCACACACCUCUCCGCCACCUAAUUUUGAACAACAAUGGAAUGGGGCCGGAGGCGGGUUCGAACAUCGCCAAUGCCCUUACAGAGCUCGCAGAGCGCAAAGAGGAGGCACGCAAGGGCGGAAAGGAGGUCCCUCUGCUGGAAAGCAUUGUCUGCGGACGGAACCGAUUGGAAAAUGGCAGCAUGGCGGCUUGGGCCCGGGCUUACCAGAUGCAUGCGGCUGGAAUUCGGUCGGUGAAGAUGACCCAGAACGGAAUCCGUCAAGAAGGUAUCUCUCACCUGCUGAAGGAGGGUCUUCGCCACGCCAGGGCUCUCGAAGUCCUUGACCUGCAGGACAACACUUUCACUGUCACCGGAUCUACUGCUCUUGCUACUGUGCUCAGUGGAUGGCCUUCCCUCCGCGAGCUGGGAGUUGGCGACUGCUUGCUUUCUGCACGUGGAGGAGUCAAGGUUGCCCAAGCUCUUGCUGAGGCCAAGAACCAGAAGGUCGAGACCCUUCGCCUGCAAUACAACGAGAUCUCAGCCGAGGGUGUCAAGCAAUUCUUGCACGCAGCUAAGACCGCCCUUCCAUCUCUACGCCGUAUUGAGCUCAACGGAAACAAAUUCCAGGAGGAGGAUAAUAACAUCUUGGAACUUAGUGAGCUCCUAGACGCCCGGAAGGAAGAACAUGGCAAGGAUGAUGACCCCGAGGACAUGUGGGGUGUUGACGAGCUAGAUGAGCUGGAAGAAGAGAGCGAAGAGGAGGAAGAGGAGGAAGAGGAGGAAGAGGAGGAAGAGGAGGAAGAGGAGGAAGAGGAGGAAGAGGAGGAGAAGGCAGAGACUGAGAAGGUAGCUCAGAAGGAGGACAAGGAAGUCGACAAGCUCGCCGAGGUUCUGGGGAAGACCGGCAUCUAAUCGCACAAGAACACAGUUCCUUCGCAUAUUAUACAACGCCACACCUCUUCUGCCCCUUACUUGCAAGUGCUAUGGCAGACACCACACAGUUCGCGUGCUGGAAGCUGGAUAUGAUCAUCGCAGAUGCAGA